UCGUACGAAGAUUGCAUAACAAAUUCCCUUGUCCGACUCCUUUGGAUCUUGAGACAUUCCAACUUUCAUCUUCAUCCACAAACAUAACCCAAACCCUCUUUCUCUCUCUCUCUCUCUCUCUCUCUCUUUUUCUGUCUUCUUACCCAUUUUCUCACUUCGAUCGAUCGAUCUCCAAAACAAGAUCAGCCAUAAUUUCCUAUUUCUCGUAUGGCAUCAGGAAAGUCCCGUAAUAGCAAGAGGCCGUCAUCAUCAUCAACCUCGUACGCAUCAACAGUGACAACACUGGUGUUCAUAGCACUCUGUGUUUUGGCUGUAUGGAUGCUAACCUCCAGCUCUGUAGUUCCCCGACAACCCACCACUCGCACUUCAUUCUCCUCUUCCUCCAAACAAACCCAAGCCGCCACCACCAAAUCCAAUGCCAAAAAGGACAUUCCCGUCUUCGAAGACAAUCCCGGCGAUCUCCCCCUCGACGCCCUCAAAUCCGACGACGACGCUAAUGACAACAGUAAGCCUCAGCAGGAUCAGAAGUCGGAUUCGUUGGCAGAGAAUUCCAAGGACUUGAUCGUCGACAAUGACAAGCGAGGAUCAUUACAAUUACGUUUACCCGGAAAAGAAUCGUCUGAAGAGCUGGAGAAGCAGAAAGAAAGCGAGAAUCAGAUAUCUGAAGAAAGCUCUUUGAUCACCACCCAAAACCAGCAGCAAGCCACAGAAACAGAACAAACAAGUAACGAAGAAAGCGAAGAAAACCAAAAGGUUGAAGAGAGUACCAAGAAUGUCUCCAAAAACAGUGAAAACUCUGAAGAAUCAGACAACCAAAAGCAACUACGAGAAGAUCAAAGCCGUGAAAACACCCAAGAAACUCAGAACAAUGACGAAGAAAAACACGUGGAAAGCAAUGAAGAAAACUCUGAGACGUCUAAACAAGAAUUCCAAGACGUGACCAGGGACGAACACCAACAAUCCCAAGUACCAGCUGCAGAGGAUCAAGAAAAUCGUUCCAACGAAGAAGCCAAAGAGGAGAGGAAUAACACGGAGGCUAAUGCUAAUGGCACCGAGUCCAACUCGGGCGAGGCGUUCCCGGGUGGGACGAACGCGGUGAUCCCAAAGGAGUCCAAGGAGUCAAAGAAGUCCUGGUCGACUCAGGCUGCUCAGUCAGAGAACGAGAAAGAGAGACGCAAGGACCAAUCCAACGGUAACGAUAGCAUCUACGGGUACACGUGGCAGAUAUGCAACGUCACGGCCGGUCCUGAUUACAUACCUUGUUUGGACAACGAGAAGGCGCUGAGACAAUUGCGCACGACCAGACACUUCCAGCACCGAGAGAGGCAUUGUCCGGAGGAGGGACCCACGUGCCUGGUCCCUUAUCCGGACGGGUACAAGCGGUCCAUCGAGUGGCCCAAGAGCCGAGAUAAGAUAUGGUACCACAACGUACCACACGCGAAGCUUGCGGAGGUGAAGGGACACCAAAACUGGGUGAAGGUGACGGGUGAGUUCUUGACUUUCCCUGGCGGUGGAACCCAAUUCAUACAUGGCGCGCUCCACUACAUUGAUUUUCUUCAACAGUCAGUACCUGACAUCGCUUGGGGGAAGCGCAGUCGAGUCAUUCUGGACGUUGGGUGCGGGGUUGCUAGCUUUGGGGGUUUCCUUUUCGAACGAGAUGUUCUUGCCAUGUCUUUUGCACCCAAAGAUGAACAUGAAGCUCAAGUUCAGUUUGCCCUUGAAAGGGGAAUACCUGCAAUAUCUGCUGUCAUGGGUUCUCAGCGCCUUCCAUUCCCAAGCAGGGUUUUUGAUAUUGUGCACUGUGCACGCUGUAGAGUGCCUUGGCAUGCAGAAGGUGGUAUGCUUCUUUUGGAAUUAAACCGUGUUCUUCGGCCGGGGGGUUAUUUUGUUUGGUCCGCUACUCCGGUGUAUCAGAAGCUCCAAGAAGAUGUGGAAAUUUGGAAAGAAAUGUCUUCACUGACGGCCUCCAUAUGUUGGGAGCUUGUCACCAUCAAUAAGGAUAAAAUAAAUUCAGUUGGUGCUGCCAUCUACCGCAAACCCAGCUCAAAUGAUUGCUAUGACCAGAGAAAGCAUAAACGUCCUCCAAUGUGCAAAAAUGACGAUGAUCCAAAUGCUGCCUGGUAUGUGCCUCUGCAGGCAUGCAUGCAUCGAGUGCCCGUUGAGGAGGCUGAGAGAGGGACCCACUGGCCCGAAGCUUGGCCUCGGCGACUGCAAACGUCUCCUUACUGGUUAAAUAGCUCCCAAAUGGGGAUUUAUGGGAAACCAGCUCCUCAAGAUUUUGCAGCAGAUCAUGAGCACUGGAAGGAAGUGGUGAGCAAGACAUACAUGACAAGUUUGGGUAUCAGUUGGUCCAAUGUGAGGAAUGUCAUGGACAUGAGAGCUGUCUAUGGGGGGUUUGCAGCAGCUCUGAAGGACCUUCAAGUGUGGGUCAUGAAUGUGGUGAACAUAGACUCUCCGGACACACUUCCCAUAAUCUAUGAGCGUGGCCUUUUUGGGAUAUACCAUGAUUGGUGCGAAUCCUUUAGCACGUACCCACGUAGUUAUGACUUGCUGCAUGCCGAUCAUCUUUUCUCCAAGCUGAAAAAGAGGUGCAAACUUGCUCCAGUGAUGGCAGAAGUUGAUAGAAUAGUCAGACCUGGAGGCAAAUUUAUUGUCCGUGACGAGUCCAGCAUAAUUGGGGAAGUUGAGAACUUGCUGAAGUCUAUGCACUGGGAGGUUCGUUUAACCUUCUCCAAGAACGAAGAAGGGAUGCUCAGUGCACAGAAAGGCAAUUGGCGGCCAGAAACAUAUGUAGAUUCGUCCUGAUCAUGGAGAGAACAUAUCAUUCGUUUCUAGUUAUAUGGUGCUCUUCCACAUUAUGAAGGCUGGCAUCUUUAGCGCAGCGUAGUUAUCAUUUGCUGUAAUCAGCAGGUAGAUGAGUUUGUUACCGUUGUCAAUUGUUUGUCGAACUCUGAGAUACACAAUCAAAGCAGUAAUUGGCCAAUUUUGGCAGAAAUUAGCCUUCAA